AUGGGAGAUUAUUCAGCGAUUGAGAGAAAUGAAGGGGAAGCAAUCGAUUCAAUUACAGAGGGAGACCGACAUAGAGAGUUAGUGAUUAACAUCAAAAAAAAUUUAGGAGACUUGGAGCCACCCUUAUCAACUGAUUGUUGUAUCUACAGGGUUCCAGAUUAUCUUCGGAAACUGAAUGAAGAGUCGUUCACUCCUCUGGUUGUAUCAAUAGGGCCUUUUCACCAUAGCAAAGAAGGAUUGAAAAUCAUGGAGAAGUUUAAAAUGAGAUGUUUGGAGAGAUUCCUGCAACACUCAAACUGUAAUGUGGAGGAUUUAUUAGACACAAUAAAGAGUUUGGAAGGAAAUGUUCGUCGUUGUUAUGCAGAAACUAUCCAUCUUAGCAGUGACGAUUUUGUGAAACUAAUAUUGUUGGAUGCGUGCUUCGUUAUUGAAUAUUUCAUCAGCGAGUGGGGAAUGCUAUGGUCACCUGAAGAUACAGUAUUAUUGAAGCCAUGGCUGACAGAUACUAUAAAAAGGGACUUGAGAUUACUUGAAAAUCAACUACCUUUCUUUGUUAUGGAUAGAUUAUUCAACAUUAAUGCAUCAGAAUUAGAUCUUCUUAACGUCCCUAGUUCCUUCACUAGGCUCUCGAUUGGUUUCUUUAGCAAAUACAACAUUCAAGGAUCGACUCCCCGUGAUGAUUUGGAAAUAAAGCACUUUGUUGAUAUGGUCAGAACACUUCUUUUACCAUCAUCUAAAGCCGAGUUGGUAAGAGAUGAAGUUGGUAUUGUUGGGCAUUUGUAUAGUGCGAGCCAACUGAAUGAUGCCGGAGUGGAGUUUAAAGUGAGCUACAGCAAGAGCUUAGUUGACUUGCAAUUCACAAACGGAGCCUUGGAAAUUCCAUAUUUGGAAUUAGAUACCAACAUGGAGCCCACUCUACGGAAUGUCGCGGCCUUUGAGUUGUGUCACUAUCCAGAUAAUGCACAUGUUGGUGAUUACAUAGUUCUAAUGAGUUUCCUUCUCAGGACUACCAAAGAUGAGGAUUUACUCAUCGAAAAGGGAAUCUUAGUUAAUUGGGUAGGCGAAAACAAUGCAGCGACUGCCUUUUUCAACAACCUCUGCCCGCAUUUGUUUCUGACAAACAUGAACACAAGUUAUAUUCGCCAGGCUGAAAACUUGAAUGCAUUCUACAAGGCGCCUUGGCAUGCUUGGAAGGCUACCUUUAAACAAGAUUAUUUCAGCACGCCUUGGAGAACAUUUUCUACCCUAGCUGCUGUCACUUUGCUGGUGCUCACUCUCAUACAAACUUUCAUCUUCAUCAUAUCUCAACCGUUCCCACUUCCCGAGAUUCGCCGACUCUCAGAUGACUGCAGUUGCGAGCCUAUUGAGGAGCCAGCUGAUGGAGCCUACAUUGAACCUGUCAAGUACUGGAGCCUACUCUCAAAUGCCUGUAUUGCCCCAAUGCAGUGCAAUGGUUCUCACAUUGAUUACUCCGCUCUUCUUUGA